UAUGAAGAAUCAUGGCUACAAACAAAUCACUGAGAUCAUAUGUUUGGGUGGCAUAAAAUGGUGUGCUCUUGAACCUUUUGUGGAAAGUGGUAUAGUUUUUUAACAUUUUUAGUGAUAAGGUAAACUUCAUUACGUCAGCUUCUCAUGGGUUGCUAUGGCAACGGUGACGCUGUGGGUCGCCGCGUUAAUCCCCGACGGACGUCUCGCGUCGGAUGCGUGCGAGCGUGAGACGUUCCGAUGCGAAGUAGGCGCGGGAGUCUGGGAUGCAUUUAGAACGGGUAAUUAAAGUACAAUGUCUCCCGAACGAUCAAAUUCACCCCAAGAUGAAGCAGUAAUGACACCAAAGAUGUCAGUACCCGCAAGUCCCGUCGCAGGGACACCCAUACGCGAAGCCCAAUCGCCCAUAUCAUUACUUUUAGCAGUGGCUCAAAGUCAAAGCAGGAACGGUGAUGACGACCUCACGAGUCUCUCAUGGCUGCACGAACGCGACCUUCUGAAAGGAAUGAACAUAAACCCGUCACCGUCGAAUAGCGUCAAUUCCACACCAGUGAAAUAUAGCAAUAGUCUCUUGUCAGAUCAGUUUCCGACGAGUGAUUACGUCGAUGAUUCUUCCAUAUCAGCAGCUGACUCGUCGAGUAGUUCCCUAAACUCGCCCGUUCCGUACAACAACAGUUCCCAAAGGAACAAACAUCCACAUAAUGUACCUUACGACCCUUUGGUUCACACAAACAACAAGCCACCAUAUUCCUUCUCCUGUCUCAUUUUCAUGGCGAUUGAAGAUUCGCCCCAGAAAGCUCUUCCAGUGAAGGAGAUCUAUGCCUGGAUUUUGGAACACUUCCCCUACUUCAAAAACGCCCCAACUGGGUGGAAAAACAGCGUCAGACACAACCUAUCCCUCAACAAGUGUUUCCAAAAAGUGGAAAAAGCCCCGAACCUGGGUAAAGGUUCACUAUGGACUGUCGACCAGCAGUACAAACCCAACUUAAUCCAGGCGCUGACGCGCUCACCUUUCCACCCCUGUUCAACCCUCGACCCUUCCACUUACUUCAAUAACAAUAAUAAGAGUAAUUUAACUCCUGAAAAAAGCUCAAUGUCGCGCUUGCCUAACCCCGAAUUGUACCCCUACCUUUCAAGGAAACUAGCUUCGGCUGAAUUGAACAACAGAAAUAUUAAAUCGGAGAAUUCCGAUGAGUCUUUGGAUGCUGUUGACGCCGCUGCGGUCAUGUUAAGUUUGAAAAACGGGCCACGGUACCGCCAGAAGAAAGAAAAAGCGCUUUACUGUCAAGUCAUCACGACUUCACCGAGCCAGGAUCACACUUACAGUGCCGCCGAUUCGGUCGAUCCCUUAGGCACGGACGAAGCGUUCGAAAGCGACGACGAAAGGACGUUUAGGGUCGUCAAGAGUCGCACGUGUCGCAAAAUCGACUUUGAGGACGAGGAGGAGCGCAAGAUUAAAGAAGGCGCAGAGACGCUUCUGAAUUUGGCUGGGAUAACGACAAGGAAGAGGUUCAACUCGCAAAGUUCGGACUACGAACCGUACAAAAGAAUAAAACUGUCGCCGCAGUACGACAUCAAUGAUAACGAGGCAACCGAGCGACCGACGCCCUUCAAACCGCGCCUUUUGCGAGCGAAGAAAAAAGAAGGUAAAUCAAAAAUGUUGUGUAAUAACAACGAUGAGUGGGUCAGACACCGGCGCGAACUGGAAAUCAACCAGCAUAGGUAAUCAAACGCCCGGUAAUUAGAUGAAUAUAACGUAAUUUUAACUAAGUUGAAUUCUUCUAACGCUGUUAUUGUAAUUUUAAUAUAUUUUAUGUUUUUGUUUACAUUUAUGAAAUAUGAAGAGUAACUAUGUUAGGAUUGUUUUAGAAGUGUUACUGACUGAAAAUUUUGAUUUAUGACGGUUCCACGGCAAUUUUAUUUCUGUUGCCGACUUAAUUUUUUUUCAAAUACUCCAGAGCCCGAACUGUUGUAACAUUUCGCGUCAGGUUGAUCACCAAAUAUUAAUUUAUUCUAGGAGUAAUUUCCGCAAGAUUUUAUCGCUGAUUGAAAUUUUAUCUAAAUGAAUUAAUUUUAUCACUGUUACCAAAGUAGGCUAACUAAUCAUUAAGUGGGGAAGUAAUUUAUAUGUAUAUUGAUUUUAGCUAAUUCUGUUGUUUUAUUUAUUUAUUUCCAUAUUUAAGCUGUUGAUUUGUCUUAGAUGCUCCACCGCGCUGAAAUUCGCUGUAUUUAUCCUGAGUUGGGGCAUUUUGGUGUUUGAUAUCUGGUCAUUUCAUUGAAAAGCAAUAAACGUGUAUCAGUGAUAGGGAAUAAGAAAAAAUCAUCUAGAAUUUUCCUAUUGCUACAAGUUGAGUUUAUAAUCAUUGAAAGUAGGGUAGAGUAAAUAUAUUUUUUCUAUUUCCCGUGAUACAUACUGCUCUUCCUAUUGUACAUAAAGAUCCGAAACAAUCAUAAAUGUUUCAAAAUGUGUGUGCGUUUCAAAGCUAUUUUCCUAUUACUCUUAUCAUUCAAUUUCUCCAACUUUUCAAAAAGAGUUUUAUUGUAUUUUUGGCCGUCUUCCGAAAUUGAAUGAAUAAGUGCGAUACUUGAUUUUGUUAGUUUAGAAUGUGAGAAUUCUAAAUAUCUUAUAGCAAUACCAGUUUUGCCUGAUCUAGUAAAUAAUACUCUAUGCUUUGCCAAUAUUCUUGGCUUUGGUAUGUAUUUUUAAGGUUCUAUGUGCCAAAUCGUUUUGUACUUUUAUUGCAGUAAUCACUACUGGCAAUAUUUUUUGGCGCCUGUCUUCCAAUUUUAUAAAAUAGGUCUUCUGACAUACUUUCCAUAUUUACAUUUUUAGUAGGUUAGACUUUCGUUCAAAUGUGUUCCAUUAACAAACUAUUAGUGUGCUUUUGACUUUUUCCUUAUUUUCAAACGAACUUAACACUUGUUUGCGCAUAUUUUAUUUUAUUAUUGUUAUGACCAUUUAUUUGUACCUUUAGUUUAUUCAAAUAAAUAAAACGGCUGAUUUUAA